AUGCCGCCAGUGGACAAAAUCGAGCCUGGGCCGGAUACAAUACGGAUCCUUCUCACUACUGAUAACCAUGUAGGGUACUUGGAGAAUGAUCCCAUACGAGGUGACGACUCGUGGAAGACGUUCCAGGAAAUAGCGUGUUUGGCUAAGCAGCAUGAUGUUGAUAUGGUGAAAUCGUUGUUUCAUGUGGUCCAGGCGCUACGAACCAACUGCUUGGGUGAUAGACCGUGUGAGCUUGAAUUGCUUAGUGACCCUUCGUUGGCACUUCAUUCGGGUAAUGAUACGGUUAACUAUGAGGAUCCUAAUAUAAACGUGGCCGUGCCGGUGUUCGCUAUAUCUGGAAACCACGAUGAUGCUACUGGAGAAGGUCUUUUGUCUCCAUUGGAUGUGCUUUCUGCUACAGGGCUUAUAAACUACUUUGGCCAGGUUCCUCAGGCCGAUAAGAUCACGGUUUCGCCUUUGGUGUUCCAGAAAGGUACUACCAAGUUCGCUCUUUAUGGUAUUAAUAAUGUCAGAGACGAAAGACUCCAGAGGAUCAUGAGAAACGGAGACGUCACUUUCCAAAGACCCAAGAACGGCGACGAUUUCUUUAGUUUACUUUGCAUCCACCAGAAUCACGCCAGACACUCGUUGACGUCGUACGUUCCUGAAGACUUUCUUCCUCCGUUUCUUGAUUUCGUGUUUUGGGGCCAUGAACACGAUUGCAUACCUCUUCCACAGUAUAACCCUACCACUGGGUUCGAUACAUUACAAGCUGGCUCUUCGGUGGCUACGUCUUUGACUGAAGGUGAGAGUCAGCCAAAACAUGUGUUCAUGAUAGACAUCAAAGAUAAGCAGUACCUGAUUGAACCUAUUCUUCUACUGUCUGUGAGACCGUUCAUUACACGGGAUGUUUCGCUUCGUGAAGAGAACUUUGUUGAGGGCCCCGCGUCAAAAGCAGAUAUCCUGGCGUUUUUGGUGGACCAGGUGGAGACAAUGAUUGAGGAAGCCAACGCUCAAUACAGAGACAGAAAUGGAAUUGAGGAAGAUAGUGACCAAGAGAUUCCUUUACCUUUGAUUCGGCUUCGAGUUGACCACACUGGCGACUACGAGAUUGAAAAUUCACGAAGAUUCUCCAAUAAGUUCGUCGGUAAGGUUGCCAACGUCAACGAUAUCCUCAUGUACUAUAAGAAAAAGGCACCAAAAUACGCUACAGGCAAAAAAGCACCCCAAGAUAUGGAUAUACCGGCCGCAGAUGCCAGUGAUACAUCCAGAGUAUCUAUUCAGCAGAUCCUUAGGCAGUUCCUUGACGAGUCUAGUCUCUUCUUGAUGCCCGAGAACGGCAUGUACGACGUUACGAAAAAGUUCAUUGAGCAAGAUGAUAAACAGAUAUUUACAGACUACGUCGAGCAGUCAAUAGACCAAGCUUCCAAGCUGCUUCUUGAUAUCAACAUCGAUGAGGACGAUUUCCAUGCUGGUGAUGAUAUGACUCUUAAGAGAUCUUUUGGCCAGCUUCUUAACCAGUUGCGGAUGAAAAAUAAAAGGGAACCUGUUAAGGACGUUCCAGUGAGUCAGGCUGUUGCUGAUGAAACAAUGCGUUUCGAUACCCCCAAAGAGCUGCCAGAACCCAAGCCUAAACGUGGAAGAGCAUCAGCAAAGCCCAAGACCGCCCCUCGUCGAAACGUGAAAAGCAAAGAAGUCAUCGUUUCUGACGAGUCUGAUGAGGAACCUCAAGUCAUAUCGGACGAAUCUGAAGGAGAGUACCAGCCAGAGCCCAAAUCCCGAGCCAAGAAGGUCACCAAGCCAGCUCCAAGACAGAGAAAAGCUCCAGCUGCUAAAUCUCGUGCUCGUCUGUCCAAAGAAAGCUCUGUACUAGAUGAUAUCAUCAGUUUGGGCAGUUAA